UUGAUACAAAUAAGUACACCCCAUCCCUAAUUAAAUAAUUAAUCACCAACUAAUGAUAAGUGAUAACCCAUCGCUUUUAACUUUGGGGUUGAAACGUCACUUCAUACCAUAAAUCAAGGGCCAUUCUGAAUUUUCCACCACCCCAUUUAUCCCUACAUCUCCAUUCUCCUCGGCGGUGACUUGUUUAAUUUUCCCGUGUUUGCCGGCCGUACGUCGGUAAUAACAUCAUCUGCCGUCGUUUUCCCGACGCCGGCGACAACCUCGCUUCUAAAACCCUAAAAAUUAACAUUUCUACGUGCACUCAUUGCUUCAAUCUGAUCGUUUUGCUUCCGUUUUGUUUUUCUCUUAUUAAGAUAGGGGUUCUAUUGUUGGAUCUGUCGGUCUGAAUCACAACCUCCUGGUCAAAGCAAAGAGCAAAUCCGAGCUGUACAAUGAUGUCUGAAACUGCUCUUAGAGAUCUUAAUUUGCUACCUAAAUCUGAAAGAACAAACGAGAGCUCAAGUAAAGACAUCUUAACAAAGCCAUAUGUUGAACCAAGAAAAAACAUUGUUCCUUUAGUUGAACCACCUGUGAAAGGAACCGAAGAUGCACAUGCUAGCGCUGAUGUGGCAGUUGCAGAAGUUGAAUACAUUGAAUCUGAAAAACUUGAAGAUCUUGAAGAUGUUGAAAAUAGUCUCAAAGUGCUUCUAUCUGGAUUAGAGUCUAAAGAGUGGGUUUCCCUUUGUGAAACACUCAACAAUGUACGUCGUUUUUCAAUAUACCACAAGGAAGCCUUGCAUGACAUGCUGGACAAUGUGAUUACCCUUGUUGUGAAAGCCUUGAAGAAUCCAAGAAGUGCUGUUUGCAAAACUGCAAUCAUGACAUCUGCUGACAUUUUCAAAGCAUUUGGGGACCUUGUAGUUGAUUCAUUGGAUCCUAUGCUCGUGCAACUUCUUCUGAAAUCUUCUCAAGACAAGAGAUUUGUAUGUGAGGCUGCUGAAAAGGCUUUAAUAACUUUAACAAUUUCAGUUUCCCCUGUUUUGUUGUUACCUAAAUUGCAACCUUAUCUUAAACACCGAAAUCCUCGUAUUCGUGCAAAGGCUUCAUUGUGUGUUUCUCGUAGUGUCCCACAACUUGGGGCUGAUGGAAUCAAAGAAUACGGGAUUGACAAAUUGAUUCAAAUCGCUUCAUCUCAACUAAGCGACCAGCUGCCCGAAUCACGGGAGGCUGCCCGAGCCCUCCUAUUGGACCUACAAACCGCAUACAUUAAAUCCCCUGUUUUGGCUCCACAACAAGACAUUGACAUACCAGUACCACCACCUUCUGACCAAUCAGAACAGGACACGUCAUCAUCGUCAUCUGAACAACAACCUCAACCUCCUCCUCAGGUACAAUAUUAUUCUUGGGACCAAUUCUGUGAGUCUAAUCUUCCAAAAUUAAGUGCACAAGCCGUCCUACGUGUCACUACUAGUGUUACACGUGAGGGUUUGUAACACACCAAAACUAUAUAUUCAAUUCCUUAUUAUUAUUAUUGACUACUGUUUGAUUUUUUUUUUUUUUUUUAAAUUCCCCUUUGAAUAUUUUUUUUUUUUUUCACUUGUAAAUGCUUUUGCAUUAAGUUUGAAAGAAGGCGAUUGAAGUAUUAUUAUGUAGUUUAGAAGAUAUUUGUCCUAAACAUGGAGUAUAUUGUUGUUUCAUUUCGAGUUGCAUGCUAUUUCGCUUCUUUGUCA